UAUUUUGACGUGUGAGAAGGUACAUCUUUAUCUCCUGAAGCAUGUCUACGAAAGGUACCAUGGAUGUCAAAAGGACAAAUCAGUGGUGCUGGCGUCAUGAGAAACUGCAGCCAGCAAUUAUGACAUAAGAGUAACAUCAAAGUAACCAUUUUUAACCAGAACACAGGUUACACUCUUCAGCUGUUUUGGCUUUAAGGUUUUAACCUGGAUCAACAGAAGCAACAGUAAAAACACCUAAAUGUCCACCUUCAGUGCUGGGCAUGAAAUAAUUGCAUCUUAACAGCUCUGCAAUGUUUUAAUCAUCAGAAAAGAGCUGUAUUGCUACCGUAAAUAAAAAGGAAUCAAAGAUGCACCUUCUGCCCUCAAUAAAAUGUGAUGUUGCACAAUCAGAGCUGCGAGACACGCUGGCUUGAACUGUGAUUAUCACAAGGAAAGGUCCAGGAAUGACUGAUGAAUAGGAUGUUCCCACGUGUACUGUGGCUGAUAUGUAUUUUUGGCUUUGUAGCAUUAGGAUGCUGAGGCUUUCCAGAUACAGAAGUAAAAGGGGAGUAACUGCAAGGUAAGUAUCUUAAGAUCUUUCUUUGUGCUUCAGGACGUAACAGUUUGAAACCUGGGGACUCACAGAUGCUUCCAGAUGUACGGUAGCCCAAGAAAGUGAAAUCAAGAAGUGAAAGCAAGAAAACUGCAGCCACAAAUUUCCAUUGCCCUUCAGAAAUCCUCCCUCCUGCAACUCUCAGGCAUUCCUUCCUGCAGUGUCUGCAGAGCUAACAGCUGACACGAGCUCCACAAACCAACACAAAGCAAUAUAAUGUACAAUUUGUGCAUGGAUCUAUUUCUCCUUCCUGCAUCCACAACUAAUUUCUCAUGCAAAAAAAGAAACCCUGGUCUGCUGCACUAGAAACCGGUGUGAGGUUGUUACAGUUGUCAGCAGUUUUCCAUUGCCUUACUAUAUGUGACAAGUGAGGAGCUGAAGACAGGAGCCUGCUGCCCUUUAAGGAAUAUCCUGAGCAGAAGGGCAAACACUAAUCAGGACAGGUACGAUGCUUCCAAAGAAGCAAUCCAAGAAUCCUUGCAGCUCUCAGACGCUUGAUCCUGGCGGCUGCCACUUGGAACUCCCCAUUCUGGAGCCUGCAAAGCACACUGUACAAAACUGAGGCCUGUCAGCAUUCACUGAGGAGUGAAAAUACAUCUUAAAGGCAGCUGUGAUGACGGGGUUGAGUGAGCUGGGCUGCCAGGGCCGAGCAGCCUAAUUCCUUUCAUGCAGUUGUCCUGCAGUUGUGCCAGCCAGAACAAACAGUGCUCGGUGUCAGCAGAGGGGCAGGCAAGGUGAGUGCAGGGUGUGAGCUUCCACCGACACACUUACGUAGCCAUCAGCCCACGGGGACACAUCCAGCCGCCUCUUUGCUCCUUAAUGCCAAAUGGAACUACUGCCACUGAUUAACCAGAGCCUCGAGUGGCCCUGCGUGGUGGUACCUUUUGAAUGUUAGACACCACGUUAGUGUUCCAUGUGGACGUGAUGUGCCCUGUAUUUUGUAGGACAUCUCGAGUUCAGCACCAGCUGAACGUUAAACACUGUUUGUGAGAGCAGCGUCCGAACCAGCUCCGGGGGGGCAGUUCCAGGGACGCGCAGGGCGAAGAACCUUUCUUUAAUCGCCAAUCUGACGCGACUUCGGCGGCCUGCUGCGGAAUUAGCGUCCAAAAUGCAAGUCUGGCCACAGGCCGAGCCGCGGGGCCGCCCGCGAGCAGGGCAACGAGCAGCUGUAGGCCCACAGCGCGGCAUGGCGCAACGGGGCCAGCAAAUGGCGGCGCGGCCACUGCGACGAGCAGGACCAUCCCCAGGGCCACCCCCGGCCGGGGGGCAGCCCCUUCCGCCGUCCGCGGCUCCUCCUCCGGGCGGCGGGGAGGGAGAGGCGGUGCCUGGGCUCCUCCCGCCGCCGUACCGCCGUACCGCCGUGCUUCCGUGCCUCCGUGCCGCCGCCCGGGCCGCUUCCUGCGCAGGGGAGCGACGUGUGGUGGCGGCGGUGCGCAGUAGGCCGCAGGUCCUCGGCUGCCGCGCAGCCACAGCACCGGGCGGUUCUCGUAUGAUGCAACCGGCAGAGAUAUGACGACGGCCUUCUCCAGGUGCUCCGGGAGUGUUUUCACCAAGAAUGAACUUCAUGGGAUGAGGAAAGGACACGUGUUUCCAGUGUUGAACAGAAACAUUACCCUGAGAGGUGUCAGAAGAGCCAUAGAGGGGGUAGAUUGAGAAAGCCUGCAGACCUGCUCUUUGGCAGUUGGAGUGGGAAGAAGUUGGGAAAUGGAAUCGUGUAGCUGUCGUUUCUUUCGGGGCAGCAGCUCGGUGUGAAAGCCACUUCUGCUUUCCCUUCUCACGCUCCUGGGGAAAUGAGGAACUGUGUCUCUUCAGAAGAGUGAAGGGCAACAAACACCCUGUGCUCCAGGGCUUGAAUUCUUCCCUGCUGCUUUUAUCAAGUGGUGAUUUUAUGCAAUGGCAUCAAGCCACAGUUCUUCACCAGUGCCUCAGCCAAACAGCAGCGAUGCUUUCUUUAAAAAGGAAAAAGAUGUUGCAAAACGCUUCCAACCCGUGCAGUCACUGCCUGAUGUGUGUCCCAAGGAGCCUACAGGCGAUCCCAGUAGUUUAUGUGACAGCCCGUCUCUAGUUGCGGAUCAGCACAGAUGGACUAUUUAUCAUUCCAAAGUCAAUCUCCCAGCAGCACUAAAUGAUCCUAGGUUAGCAAAAAGGGAAUCUGAUUUCUUUACAAAAACAUGGGGAGUGGACUUUGUGGACUCUGAAGUCACGCCUUCAUUCUACCUCCCACAGAUCACCAAGGAACAUUUUGCAUUAUACCAACAGGAAAUCGCUCCGAGAGAGAAAGUUCAUGAAAGAUGCAAGAAUAUUUGUCCUUCUAAGGAUACCUUCGACAGGACUCUAUUACGCACCUAUGAUAAAUCCAGGACAGAUCUGGAACAAGUACCUAAGAUUUUUAUGAAACCAGAUUUUGCCUUGGAAGAUCCCUUAACGUUUAAUGCGGUUUUACCAUGGUCUCAUUUUAGUACUGCUGGUGGAAAAGGAAAUCGUGAUGCAGCUUCCUCCAAGUUACUUCAAGAAAAGCUGAGCCAUUAUCUGGACAUUGUGGAAGUCAAUAUUGCUCAUCAGAUUUCUCUGCGUUCUGAAGCAUUUUUUCAUGCAAUGACCUCUCAGCAUGAGUUACAGGACUACCUCAGGAAAACCUCCCAGGCUGUAAAAUUGCUUAGAGAGAAAAUCUCCAAAAUUGAUAAAGUAAUGUGUGAAGGCUCUCUUCGAGUUUUAAGACUGUCACUCACCAGAAAUAACUGUAUAAAAGCAUACAAUAAACUGAAGUUAAUGGCUACUGUGCAUCAAACACAGCCCACAGUACAGUUACUGCUGUCUACUUCUGAGUUUGUUGGAGCUUUGGACUUGAUAGCAACAACACAGGAGGUGUUGCAGCAGGAACUUCAAGGCAUUCACAGUUUCCGGCACCUUGGCUCACAGCUCUGUGAACUGGAAAAGCUGAUAGAUAAAAUGAUGAUUGCAGAGUUUUCAACUUACGCUCGCAAUGAUUUAAAUAGACCCCUAGAAGAUGAUUGCCAAAUUCUAGAAGAGGAAAGACUUGUAUCACUAGUAUUUGGACUUUUAAAGCAAAGAAAGCUAAAUUUUUAUGAAAUAUAUGGAGAUGAAAUGAUCAUUACUGCAAAGAACAUAAUAAAACAGUGUGUGGUUAAUACGGUAUCGCAGAUAGAAGAAAUAGAUACAGAAGUGGUUGUUAAGCUUGCAGACCAGAUAAGAAUGAUGAAUUUUCCUCAGUGGUUUGAUUUAUUGAAGGAUAUUUUUUCUAAGUUUACUAUCUUCCUCAAGAGAAUAAAGGCAACGUUAAAUACUAUCCGUAGCGUGGUUCUCUUGGUUCUAGACAAGAACCAAAGAACCAGAGAACUGGAGGACACCUUGCAAAAGAACUCUGUGAAAGACAGUCCCGUGGACACAGAAGUGGCUUACCUGACUCACGAAGGCAUGUUUAUAAGCGAUGCGUUCAGCGAGGGGGACCUCCCACUUGUAGCAGCUGACACUACCUCUCAGAGAAACACUUCCCCCAACAGUGAGCCCUGUAGCAGUGAUUCAGUCUCUGAACCAGAGUGCACUACCGACUCUUCAUCCAGCAAAGAGCCAACAUCGUCUGUUACUCCAGGAGGAGUGGAGAUGAUAAUCAGUGAUGACAUGAAGUUGACUGAACUGGAACUGGGCAGGCUGGCAAAUAAUAUUCAAGAGUUGUUGUAUAAUGCUUCUGAUAUCUGCCAUGAUCGUUCAGUCAAGUUCCUCAUGGCAAGAGCAAAGGGUGGCUUCCUGGAGAAGCUGAAUUCCAAUGAGUUUGUCGCUCUUUCUCGCUUGAUGGAAAGCUUUAUCUUAGAUACUGAGCAGAUCUGUGGCAGAAAAAGCAUGUCCUUGCGAGGAGCACUUCAAAGUCAAGCCAAUAAAUUUGUGAAUAGGUUCCAUGAGGAGAGGAAGACAAAGCUAAGCCUGCUCCUGGACAACGAGCGCUGGAAGCAAGCUGAAGUUCCUGCCGAAUUUCAGGAUCUCGUUGAUUCUGUGUCAGAUGGCAGAAUUUCUCUCCCGGAAAAAAAGCCAUCAGGUGCUGAAGAAAGGAAGCCAACUGAAUUCCUUAUUGUUGAAGGACAAAAAUAUGCAACAGUUGGGACAGUAUUGCUGUUAAUAAGAAUAAUCCUCGAGUACUGCCAGUGUGUGGAUAACAUUCCUUCCAUCACCACCGACAUGCUCACCCGCCUGUCUGAUUUACUGAAGUAUUUCAACUCUCGAAGUUGCCAGCUGGUGCUUGGAGCCGGUGCACUGCAAGUUGUUGGGUUGAAAACAAUCACUACAAAAAAUCUAGCCCUGUCUUCACGUUGCCUACAGCUCAUCGUACACUACAUUCCUAUUAUCAGGGCUCAUUUUGAAGCUCGGCUGCAGCCAAAGCAGUUUAGCAUGCUCAGGCACUUUGACCACAUUACAAAGGAUUAUCACGACCACAUAGCUGAAAUCUCAGCAAAGCUCGUUGCCAUAAUGGAUAGCUUAUUUGACAAGCUGUUAUCCAAGUAUGAAGUGAAAGCUCCUGUUCCUUCAGCAUGCUUCAGGAAUAUCUGCAAGCAAAUGGCAAAGAUGCAUGAAGCUAUAUACGACCUCCUUCCUGAGGAGCAAACUCAGAUGUUGUUUUUGAGAAUUAAUGCAAGCUACAAACUUCAUCUGAAGAGGCAGCUGGCCCACCUCAAUGUUGUCAAUGAUGGAGGACCUCAGAAUGGACUGGUUACGUCAGAUGUAGCUUUCUACACUGGGAACCUUCAAGCUCUGAAAGGCCUUAACAACUUAGACCUAAACAUGGCUGAAAUUUGGGAGCAGAAGAGGUGAUAAUCCCCCGGGAGCAGUCGCUUGGCUCUGACAACAGACCGACUUUCUUCUAAGAAGCAUGACGACUGUGAGAUGAAUACUGAAGAACAGAGUCCAAAAAAGGACACUAUUGAUAGCUGGGGAAAUGAGGCUCAGAGGGAUCUGCAGGGAGUGAUCUCUCGGUGUCCUUCAGCAAGAAACAAGUGAUCAGCUGUCUGUGCAAUGUUUUUCGUUCUCUCUGGAAACAGACUCAGGUUUCUUUGGACCAAAUCCAAAAGAACACAUAGCUGUAACACAGCUGUAGUUGUCUAGAAUGCUCUGUAUAUCUUUAUAUUAAAAAGAUGCUUUGCAUUUCUUCUAGUGCAAUGGAAUUCACAUGGUGUCCCACCUUAUUUAAUGAUGGUACAACAUAAGAAAAUCUCGCAGUUGGAACUCUGUAGAAAAUUUUUUUUCUCUAUAAAACUAUACUGUUCCAAAAUCUAUUUUUUUACAGAACUACUUUAUAUGAAUAAAUGUCUUUUGCUUGCAUAUAGGAUUCAGAGUUGUUAGGGAGCAGUCCUGUGUCAGGGUAUUUCUCACAGCUGAGCUUCACACUGCCGGCUCAAGAGGAGACUUUCUAAAAGUGGGCCCAUUGACCGAAGCCAUCACUGCAGGAUGGAUCUGUGGUGCAUUGAUUGGAACCUGAAGGAAGUAAAAAGGCUGAUGUGCAGAUGGCUUCCUGCAGCUACCCAAAGGCUGGCUGGGCACUGCCACUUACACUAGGGUAAGUACAGUGAGUUUUUCACUAUUCAGCUCAUUGCUCCCCCCUUUAAAAGAUAAAAACAGCUGUAUAGAGACAGAGGAGGACACAGAAAACGGGGCAGGAAGCGUUUUAAAGUUUUUAGGCUGCUCAUAAAAGGUUGUACCCUUAAGGAAGGUGCAAGAGGUUUGGUUGUUUUUUUUUUUUUAUACUACCUUUUAAGACUGGAUGCUGCCAGUACAAAGUAAAAGUGCCUGUGUAUUUCACCUCACACCUCUUUACCUGAACGGUCUGAGUGCCUAACCCUGUGAUGAUGAUGUAUGAUGGAAUUGUCUUACAGUGUGUGUGUGUGCCUACGGUUUCUUGAGGCAGGCAUGCUUAUCUGUUAGCCUAACAGAUGUCAUUCAAUUGUCAGUCAAAAAUAAAGGUAUAAAAUCACA